CUCCUCUUUCCUCUCCCAGGCGAGAGGACCAGCGGAGGCACCUCUCCCGAGUCUUAGGCUGCAGAGUCUAAGACUUAGAGAGAGGAGCCUGGGAGGAGACAGCCCUUUCCUCCCCUUUUCCCAUCCCUUCUUUUUGCCCAGAGAGGCAAAUAGAGGCGCGGAGCUUUAGAAAGUUGAGUGGUCAAGAAGGUAGGUGCUUCCCUUUUUCUCCUCGCGCAGAGGUGGGGCUGGGACCUCCGCACCCAGCUUCUUAACCUCGCGAGGAGCACCUUUUUCGGCUCUAGCAGCCGAUGCUCUUCGGAGCUGCUCUCUGCAGAGCCAGAGGGUGGGUCGGAUUCGCCGCGUGUGCGUGAGGAUGGAUCGCAGGUCCCGAGCUCAGCAAGGGCGCCGAGCUCGCCACAGUUACAACGAUCUGUGCCCACCCCUAGGCCGCCGGGCAGCCACCGCACUCCUCUGGCUCUCCUGCUCCAUCGCGCUCCUUCGUGCCCUUGCCACCUCCAGCGCCCGCGCCCAGCAGCGCGCGGCUGCCCAGCGCCGGAGCUUCCUUAACGCCCACCACCGCUCCGCCGCCCAGGUAUUCCCCGAGCCCCCCGAAUCCGACCACGAGCACGAGGAGGCAGACCGCGAGCUCUCCCUCCCCGAGUGCCUGGAGUACGAGGAAGAGUUCGACUACGAAUCCGAGACCGAGACCGAGUCUGAAAUCGAGUCGGAGACCGACCUCGAGACCGAGCCUGAGACCGCCCCCGCCACUGAGCCUGAGACCGAGCCCGAGGACGAGCGCGGCCCCGUGGUGCCCAAGCGCCGCACCUUCGACCAGUCUCUCACUGAGCGUCUCAACGCCCUGAGGUUGCAGAGCCCCGACGCCUCCCCGAGUCGCGCGCAGCCCAGCACUCGGGAGUCUGAGAGCCCCAGACAAGGGGAGGAGCCCGAGCCCGAGGACAAGGAUCCGAGGGACCCCGAGGAGUCCGAGCAGCCAGAGGAGGAGGAGAAGCAGCGGCGGCGCCGCUGCAAGCCGAAGAAGCCCACCCGCCGCGACCCAUCUCCGGAGUCUCCUUCCAAAAGGGGACCCAUCCCCAUUCGGCGUCACUAA